UUGGUGCCAGAUGGAAUUUGGGAAGUAUGAUGGUUUUACUCAUGUUCACUCUACUAAUACAAAGCAAGCAAUUCUGAACGACUAGGGAAUGCUUUCAUAAGUAGGUUUGUUAUAUAAAAGAAAAAGAAUAAUGUUUGUAUAAGGAAUAUAAAAAGAAUUUGAAUGAUCCACGCUUUCAGCUUUCAACUUUCAAGACACUCUACUCUCUCUUCAGCAGCCUUUGAAUGGUCUUAGCAUCCUUCUUCAAUUGAUUUUGGGAUCAAACUACUAAACCUAUUUUCACCUUAAAGCUUUCCUAUUCUCAUCGUUUUCCUUCACCUUGCGCACCCAAAAGUGCCCAUUGCUUCAAAUCCUGUUCGUUUAUAAAUAAUUAUGGAUAAAAAUGAACCUACGACAAAAUUCAAUUCCUGAACUAAUAUGGAAAGGAAACCUUAGUGUCGAGGUACACCAAAAGGAGAAUCCUUUAAGCUAUUUAGCAAAUCUUCCUCGGCAAUCUUACUUUGCCCAAAUUCUCGAAGAUUUGAAACAGCUCUUCGCACCUACUGUCUCUUUAGAAGAAUGUUGGUUAAGUUCAGGCAAAGCGUCUAUAAAAUGGCACUGGCCUGUAGGCGUGCUUUACGACUUACUUUCGCAUGAAGACCCAGAUACUACUACAUCUGCUCCUGUAUUGUGGCAUCUUGAGUUUCACGUUGGGUCCUUUCCAAGCUCCUUGAUUGUCCCAAUGGAUAGCAUGGAUACAUUUCGCUCUUGUUUUUUUAAUGCGCUGAAAGAGUCUGAUUAUGUUCGAAAUGGAAGCUCAUCCCUCGUAAUUGCUCUUUCCAAACAAGAGACAGACUCAUACUGGAAUUCACUGCUAAAUCAUGACUUUUACGACUAUCGACCAAUUGCUACAAAGUUAUUUGUAAGUAAAUCUCGGAUUAUCCCUCUGAAAUUCUACCUUGGUGAAGAUGCUCCUAUCGUCCAAACAUCUGCAUCUCUUGGCUACACGCUGGGUCAAGUUUUGCAAAAGCAUAUCCCCGAAUUUUUCCCUUCUGAUGUAACAUGUUCAUUAUUAAAACCUGUUUUACAGGGUAUCGUUCUUCCUCUAACAAUCAGCACGGAUUUAAUGAAUCGUGAUUUUUGUUACCCUGAUGGUUUUCUUCAUAUAGUUCUAAUACCUGUUUCUAAUUAAGGGUGAUUUACUUCUACAAGGGUGAAUACAAUUUUAGAUUGUUUUAUUAACUUUAUAUAACAAUAACAAACAUCUCACACUACGAUUAUUCAAUAAUUUCUAUAGAGGAGCUCUUAUAAAAUGAAUAAGAUAGAUUUGAAAUCACCG